AUGAAAAAGGCUUAAAGAUCAGCUCUCGAAUUCGUAUUCUUCUGGAAAAAAAAAAUGGCGUCUCUAAAAAGAGCUCUUCUCUCUCUGAACAAAACUAUGAAUCCUUUAUUCAUGGCUUCUUUAUCCACACGAAAUCCCCAUUCUAGCCUUUACACAGUUCAUCAAGGUUCAGUUUCAUGGUUCUCUUCGGAGUCUGGCCUUCAAAGUCUCGAUCUUUCAAAUGAAGAAAGCAGGAGACGUAACGUUAACAGGUUGUUGUAUAGGAGCAAGCAGAGGGGUUUUCUUGAAUUGGAUUUGGUUCUUGGACGAUGGGUUGAAGAAAACAUCAAAACAAUGGAUGAGGCAAAUAUCAAGGCCCUAGUAGAGGUUCUUGAUCUGGUGUUCUCAGCUGUUCAUACCAAGAUUUCCGGGAAUUUGAAGAGCUAUGCAUCCGCUGAGACACGAGCAGCACCUGGGCAGCCAUGGGUAAGAGGAUGGGACGACAAAAGAGGCCUUGGAACCACACCAUUUGGAAACCAAUAAAAUUCAUCUGCCCUUCAUCGAGAAUGUUAUAAUUACACAAACAUAACACAUUAAUAACAGCACCAAGCAUUUUCUUGGCUAGUGUGAUUUAUGUAAAAUAAUAAGCCCAAUCCUGUAGCUCUUUUGGUUUUUUGUUCUUUGUUUGUGUGGUAAUAUUUGCUUCCUUUUUUUUUAAAAAAAGAAAAACAUGCUGAGUACAUAUCAUAGUUUUAUCAUUGCUGUCGUUAUCGAUGUUCGUCUGUUA